CUGAAUCGUUGCAAGUACUGUUUGGUGUCAUAAAUUUUGAUCAGCAUUUGGACUAAACAAUUGUUGUCACGAUGAGAAUAUGCUUUGUAAUUCAUUUAUAAUUCAUGUAUGGCCCUUAAAAGUUCAUAACAAUUGAUGGUGGAAUCACCAGUAAAAUCACUGGGUAAAAUACUCUGCCUGACUAUUAGAAAAGUAGUGAUUCCCAACUGUGGCAAUCGUCAACGUUUUGACAUUUUUGUAGUAUGCCUACAGGAUUUUUUCAAUCUAAAACAUUUUUUUACCCUCCGAAACCCAUUCAUUGUUUUGUAAACCAAGUAUUUGGAAGUGCAACAAUCUAUGCUGGACUUAUUAAAUAUAGUGGAGGGAACUUGCAAGUGAAAAAUGUAUUUUCCAUGGUGAGAUUCUGCCAUUCACAUAAAGAACAAUGACUACUCCAAUGUGCGAGGAUGGCGGGUUGCUCAGAGAAUGGGCGCCGCUUACCAAAUUGCUUCAACAAAUACCAUUGAAGACCCAAAAUGGUCUGUUCACACAGGAUAUUAAUUGCACAUGCAUUGAUGCUGUUAAUGAAUUUAUUGCUGUUGGCACAAACCACGGUUUGGUCUACUGGUACGGGCGACAAAAAGGAGAUCUUCAAAGGCUACGUUGCGAAAACACAAACGCAAUGAUUACAUGUCUGAAAGUAAUUUCUACUGUCGAUUACAUGGUAGCCGCUGGAAAUGAUCAGGGUAUAGUUACGGUCUUUCAAAUUCCUAAGAACCCACCUGACUCUUUACCGGACAGUCUGAAACCAAAGCAGAAGAAGCCGGUGGAGCGAUACAACAUUGGGGGUCUUCAUCAAAAAGCUGUGACUACAGUUGAAUGGUCAAAGAAUGGUAUGAAAUUAUUCAGCGGGGAUCAAGAUGGUCUUGUAGUGAUUACUGAAAUUGACUUUUACAUGCAUCUAUCAAAAUCAUCAGAGUUAUUGAAUGAAAAGUACCCUGUAGUACAACUCAGCUAUCAACAGGGAUUACUCCUAGUUUCAACUAUCUUUCGCACGAUUCUGGUAGAUAGAAAUCAGAAUGACAAGGUAUCCCAAGUUGGCCAGAAAGAGCGUAAAACGCUGGGGAAACUCGGAGCAACCUUUGGCCCACGCCAAAGUCCUAUUCAAGAUCCAGUGAUAUAUUGCAGCAGACCAGGAGUUAGGCUUUGGCAAGCAGAUAAACUCGGAAUCGUUCUAAAAACACUCAUAUUCAAGGAUGCUCUCCAGACUGGAUAUACUGAAGUUGAGCUAUUAAAUCCUGUAUCAGAAAGCGGUAAAAAGAGUCGUGGCGAGCCAACGUUGGGUAUAAUAUUGCCCUUUUCUGAGGAUCUUUUGGUAACAUACAGUGAUGACGUUGUAUAUAUAAUAAACCCUACGAACGUUGGAAUAACUUCAGCAGUAACUGACCUGAGGCGGGUCACAAGCGUUGCUUGUAACAAAGACGAAAUAUUUAUACUGGAAGGUGACAGAAAUAUUAUACGUGUGGCUUAUCAUCCAGAAGCAGAAACACUUCUGUCUGUUUCAGGGGUAGAAAGCUUAACUGAUCCGUUACCGUCACUAGCCGAAAUUAGUAAGCCAAUUGCAGUGGGUAUUCUGGAAUUGACAUCCAAGCUGAAAGAAAGUGCUAUUGUUCCAGCUAUUCCACUUCUCAAAAUGAAUCCCAACAACUUGAUCCAGUCAAUAAGCAUUCUACCCACGGUUUCUAUCGGCACAGACACAACAACAAUAAUAAAAGGGGAAGAAGCUGUGGAAGUGCCGAUCAACCCAUUAGAUGUUGAAACGCGGAUUAAAACUGGAGUUACUCAUAAUUCUGCAACAGAUGCGAAACCACUACAAGUAGAAGAGAGUUACCAUAACAAAACGCAGCCCGAGCGUUGGCGGAUAUUUCAAAGAAUCGGGGAGCAAGAAUUCGAAGAUAUUGUAUUCACGCCCGAGCGUAAAAGCAAAAAAUAUUUACGCACGUUUCCAAAUAUAAAUGGUGCGGAUGAUAGCGUACCUUCAUUUUCAGAGACUCAAUAUUGCCACAAUAUGAUUUUUAAUAACUAUCAAUCAGAGCCAAUGGUGCCAUCGCCGUUUCCACUAAAACCAGGCGUUGACUUAGAAAUUAAAGGUGAGACUUCACCUAAAAUUGAAAACGGUAUGCUGGAUGAAGAGGAACUUCCUCCGCCCAUUCUUUAUGAUCCUGAGGUAUUAGCACCUACAGAAAUUAGUUUCAGCACAUUAGAAUCCAAUGGCACAACUGCAGACAUUGAUUCUGCUGUUCCUUCGAUUCAAUUACCUAACAGUUUAACAACAGAUUGUGACGAACAUCUAGAAACUGAAUCGAUCGAGGAUGAAAGCUAUAGAAAAGAAUUGGAAAAAUUACAAGAACUUGGGGAGUGUACCAAACAAUUAUUACAGCGUGAAUUAGAUCAAUCAGAAUCUCUGUCAACGCAUAAUAAGAAGUGUAAAUUAAAAGGCAUCAAGGAAACUGGUCUAAAACCUGGAUCUUCUGUAUGGAACACAGGAAAUUAUGAACUGGAAAUUCAAUUCAAUGUUCUUUCAAGGGAAUUUGUCACAUCGACCCUAGAGGAAGAGGAUUGGGUUCUACUAUAGUUACCAAUAUGUCCAACAUUGAUUGAGCGAAAGGUGUACGUAGCAACGCUCAAUGCUGAACCACUUGCUAGGCCGCUCUUGAUUGGAAUGUUGGAUAUUAUCAAUGCUUUGAACCCUGGAAUUUUCUCUACAAGAAGUUAUUCUAGGAAUAAAUCACCAGGGAGCCUCAGGGUAAUUUAAUGAGCUAUACAAUGUUUAUCGACCUACCUUUAGGAAUGCUGAAAUUCUGUACAACAGAUUUUAUGUAACUCAACCAUCUAAGCCCACUGCUUGUGUCUGAAUCUAUAGUGUUUAUACAAAACUCCCCAUAAUUCGCUUCAUCCAAUUCUCUGGACAAUGUUUUUACCUUGCACCAUCUACUUUUGAUUCUACGUGUGCCGACUAUCACAGUCACUAAUUGUACGGCCUAAUUUUGAAGCGGUCAACAUUCAAACUGUUUCCAAUUCAGAUAAAAGAAGUAAUAGAUUGAAAUUCGUUUCAUCUCAGACACAUACCAUAGAGAGAACCUUUCCGUCGUUGGAAUCUGUUACUUCUCCACAAAGAUUAACACUUGCGGGCGCAUAGGUAGCAUAAGUAGGUAGUUUGAAAAAUGUCUUUUGAAAUUCUUGCUCUGCAAAUUUGAGCAGCAAUUCCAGAGGUGGAAUUUUGUGUAUCUCUUUUUGAUAAUCACAAUCGUCUGUAUAUGACUUAAUUAAACUGUUGUAGUCUCUUGUGAACUGAAAAAAUUAUUACAUAAGGAAAAAGAAAUCGUGCUUCAAAUUUGUGAUGAAAAUUUAUUGGCAAUUAUUCCACCAAUACUUGAUUUAACGAAGUCACGUCAUUUAAAGUAUGAGGGCCACAGUAACUGGAAUUUUGCACUGAAUUGUUGCACAUGGUUGAAACUUAUUGGGAAAAAAAUAUCAGGACCCGUCUGAAAACUUCUUAGCAAAUAAUGGAAAACACGUGAACAGAUA